AUGAGAAGCAUAAAAAAUGAUUUGUUCCGCAGGAACAGUCACACAUUUUGUGAUUUGAAGCAAAGCGGCUGUUGGGGUUCCCUGUGGGGAGGAAGCACACAUGGGAGAGGGGCCCAUUUUUUGAAGCUCGGCAGGGGGGAAAAACAUAACUUCGCAGAAAAAACGAACCGCAUAUAUGAACCCAGGGAGAGGGCAACUGGAUCAUCACUUUUUAAAGGCAUACCUGGUGAUAAUUUUACAAAUGGAAAAGCAGCAUCAUUUGGAGGUGUUCUCCAAAAGGGGAAUAUUGGUGAACUUCUUAGGCAUGCUGUGCAUGAGGUGAAGGCCCAUGGGGGGAAAGGAAGCAAACUGAGUGACAACGCAUUGCUCGUAGUAGAGCGCAUUUUUAAGAACAACCUACUCGUCCACAAUUUGAGCUUUAUCCAUUUUAAUAUGCUCCUAACCGUUAUUAGCAAGGGUGAAAUAAAAAUGAGUAAGCAAAUGCAAAACGGGAUUCUGCAUUUACUACACAGGCAUAUUUCGUCCCACCAAAGCGAUAUUGAUAAUACGGGUUCCGCCUGGAUUAAUAUGAUCCACUUACUUUCCAGCAUCUGCAAAAAUGAUAAAACUAUGUUACGUUUAAUUAGGAAAAAAUAUCAGAAUGUAGCGAAUGAACAUAUAAAGGAAGAUGCAACUCUCCCCUUUGUGGAAAAAUUUGUACGUAGAAUAUGCGAACAGAACGACUUCAAUUAUUCGAUAAGAGAAAUUUCUUUACUCUUACACAGCUGCUACCACUUAAACGUUAGGAGUUGCCAACUGUUUGAUGCCAUUUUUGAUAAGCUACAAAAAAAGGAGCACCAUUUUAAUUGUCUAGAUGUGCACAUUUUUGUGUAUGCGGUUUACAAAUUACAACUGCAAAGGUAUGCUCCCUUUCUGGAAAAGUUAAAAAAAUAUAUUUUGGAAAAUAUAUGCCAUUUUUCAAGUGGCCAGAUGGUAAAUAUAUUGUUAGCGUAUACGUACUUCUACCAGAACGGGGGGAAUGGAAAACUUCCUUUAAAGACAGAUCCGUUCGUGAGUACUAUUUAUGACACGUGUUGGAAUAUGGUAAGUAAUCUUUCCAAUAGAGAAUUUUGCAACUUCCUCAAUUUUAUUGUACAAAAUGAAGUUAGCUUAACUGAUAAACAGGGGUCUGAGUUGUUUGGCAUCAUUUCUAAUCUGCUAAAGAAUCAACACAUGAACAGAUUGAAGCUUAACCAGAUGAUUGACUUGGACGUUUUCACGAUCGUAAAUUUUGUUUACAAAUAUGGGAACUGCGGGACCACAUCGUACAUGAGAGAUAUGCCCUUCGACCAUUUGGACCAAUUGACUAGCCAGUUAAUUGGGAAGAACAAAUUUGCACCAAACUUACUUGUAUAUCUGCUGCACUUUUACAAGCAGAGAAUGGCUAGCUACACGCAGCUACAUUUUUUACAACACAUUUAUGUGAACUCCCUCGAUUUUAAAAUGAAAGUCAUCCUACUAACUACAGUGGAGAGGUACCUAACGGGGGGGACAAAACCCUACAGGGGAGGAGCACAAGGCACAUUUUGCAUUAAAAAAUAUUACCACGAUUUGGUGAAAAGCAUUUAUGAUGACCUCUGCAGGGGGGAAAGCACACCCACUAAAGAGGAUACAGUGGACACAUCUCUGAAACCAAACAGUAGUGCCAACGCUGUCGUAAUCUCCAACACAGACAUUAAAGAAAUAUUAAAAUUGAUUAAAAGUAAAACGCAGAAUGGCGAUAAUAAUGAUCUGCAUUUGGGAGGGGAGUCUUCUGGCGAUUCCCUCGAAAGGGAGACCAUCAAAUGGGAACGAUUGCUUCUCAAUAGGGUCAGCGAACACGUGACGCAAAAUAAGCUAGUGGAGUUAUUCCCUCUCAUCCUGAUGAAUAGGCAUGUUCGUGCAGAUAUUUGCAGCCAAGCGGAGGGAAUUAUAAACGAUCAUUUUGAAAAACUGAAUGAGUAUUUGCUAGGCUGUAAGGGAAGACCAAAUGGUAUGAACAAGUACGAAAAAAGAAAAAACAUUUUCCAUUUUUUCGAAGCGCUAAACCUGUGUAAUGAAUGCAUUUUCACCAACAAGGGCGGUGGAGAUGUCAAGGAGUUUAUGAUGAAGAAGAAAGUCUUACUACACUGUAUAAAUAACACACCCAUGAGCGAAGAAAAUAAAAAAAAUUAUUUUUCGUUACAUGUACAUAUGCUCCUGUUCGACAUAAACAACAAUUUAGACUUUUUUACCAGUCACCUGCUAGCCAAAAUUUCGAAUUAUGUAGAAACCCCUAACUUGAGUUAUGAAAGCGUUCUUGUAAACUUUGUCGAUAUUUUUUCAUCCAUAAUUAAAAUGCAACCCAAUUAUUACGACGCUUAUUUGAGCAAAAUUUAUAAGUACAUAUUUCCUCAACUGUUUUGUCACUAUGAAAAGUUAAAUUGUAAACAUUUGUCUCUUUUAUUUUAUGCCAAUUUAGUUCAUUUACUUUUACAUUUGUAUGAUCGCAAUGUGCGCUUGUGUCACGUCACGUUAUCGAUCCGGCUGAUGACGAAAUUGUUUAAUCACAUUGUAAACUCCAUGGACGAAGCCACCUACAAGUUAACAGGGGCACAUUGUGCAGAACUGUCCGAAUGCCACACCAGGGAUAGAGACAGAAAAGGGACACCAUCGUUACCUCUACCUUUGGACGAGUUAAUUUACAUCUAUAGAGUUCUCACAAUUUUUCACUUUGCGGAUUUGUACGCGCACAUGGAUGUGCAAGAGUUAAAAUGCUUUUACGCGUUUUACAGAGCUUUGAAUUUUUUCAUUUUCAAAGUGCACAACUUUUCCGUGACCGAGUUUACGCAGACGAAUAAGGGCGCCUCAAACGUGCAUACCACUGUUGUGAACACCCUGAAUGGCCUUUUCAAGACAAACGAACGCGUAAAAAUUAUAUGCGAACAAGUUGUGUUCCCGUUAUUUAUAAUAGACAUUUUAAUUGACAAAAAUUGA